AUGGUACGUGAUAUGAGGGCCAGAGUUAGGCGGUUUGUGUUGGGGCUUUCAGAUGAUUUGUUUGCUGAUGCUAAUAUAGCUGCUCAGAAUAAUGACAUGACCAUCACUAAGAUGGUUGCCUUUGUUCAAGAGAACGAAGACAGGAGGCAAUUGCCAGUUCUUCAGGAAAUCAAAAUCAGGACCCGCUCCUCUUCAGCUAAUGCACCGGUUCAGAGGUCAAAGUUUAACAAGAAAAACCAAAAUUUCAGAACAGCAGACUCACAGUCACACGCUAGUGUGCGCUAUAGAGUCCCUGGUCAUCCUAUUUGCAACACGUGUGGUAAGAGGCACCCAGGGUUGUGUCGUUUGGGCACAAAUGGUUGCUUUGGGUGCGGUCAGCAGGGCCACUUCUUGAGGGAUUAUCCAUCGGCAAAGCAGAACAAUGGAGGCAAUGUAGCUCAGUCCACUAAUUCAGCAGCCCAUCAUAACUUUCAGGCUCAGCAAGGGCGCGGCGCAGCAAAGUCUAAUAAUGCAGGCGGUUGUGUGAACCCUUUGAAGUGUCCACUCCAAUUGGAGAAUCAGUUAUAG